AUGGCCACCGACGAAGAUUACAUGGCGUUCCUCGAUAAAGCCAACGAGGACCCCAACGCCAGCAUAUCAAACACUAGUAGUAACAAAAAAACAGGGUUUAAGACUAUGGAUGAUGAUGUCGAUGUACCUGGAGUACUGGUUAGGGCGACAAAGGAUGCGUGGUAUGUCAGUGAUGCCGAUGAACCUUUUGUGGUUGUAGCUUUGAAAAACGAGGGAGAGGGAUUACCAGAUGAAGGUUUGUUUCCCCUGAUUUUACUGUCUUCAUUAUACUUUCUAUGUAUGAACAGCUUUUAUACAUAUGAACAUGCUAACAAGACUAGAAACAUUCGCCCGUCUCAUUGCCCAUCCUUCACCCGCGGACGUAGUAGAAGAUAUCCAAAUUAUGGAUAUAGGCGAAUGGGAUCCCCACGCACAAUACAAGGAGAUUGUAAACGCGGUUAGGGAAGCUAGUAAGGGAAGCGAUGUGAGGGUUUACAGGGUACCGGGACAAGGAGCCAGAGUUGAGUAUUGGGUUGUGGGAACUGAGGGGGGAAGAUUAGUAGGAGCAAAGGCUUUGGGAAUCGAGAGUUAAAUAAUCAAAGGGGAAGAUUCAGGGUUUGAGGAUUGUGGAUCGGUGGUGAGGAAAUCUUUUUUGUUCAUACCUGGCGUUUUGGGGAAAAGGGAACUUAUGUCAUGGAUUUUUUAUUGAUCUUUUGGCUGUGUUGGCCUGGCUGUCUAGUCAUGAUGUAUGAUUUUCACAUCAUGUAAAUAUGGAAUAUGGAGUAAAGGGGUUAUUAAUGUCCACAUGAUGAUAGUUGAGUGAAAUCGU